AUGGCAAGGGAGAACAAGCAGAGCCUACACAUCGACUAUCAGCAUUUGGCGUCUGCAGAACAGGUUUUAGCUUAUUUUUUACCUGAAGCUCCUCAAAAUGUUUUGGAGAUUUUCGAUGAGGCUGCGCGGGAAGUCACAUUAACUAGGUUCCCACGUUACGACCGAAUAACUAAUCGAGUUCAUAUAAGAAUUAAUGAUCUUCCUCUAAUCGAAGAUCUUCGGUGCCUACGUCAUUUCCAUCUUAAUCAGCUUGUUCGCACAUGCGGGGUAGUCACAAGUAGUUCUGGUGUUCUUCCUCAGUUGAGCGUUGUCCGCUACAACUGCACGAAGUGUGGAUGUCUGCUGGGUCCGUUUGUUCAGAACCAAACCGGUUCGGAGGUUCGACCGUCAACAUGUCCUGAUUGUCAGUCAGGUGGACCGUUUGAACUGAAUAUGGAACAGACCAUUUAUAAAAAUUACCAGCGUAUUACCUUGCAAGAAAGUCCUGGGAAAGUACCAGCAGGCCGUCUUCCUAGGUCCAAAGACGCAGUCCUGCUAGAUGACCUAGUGGACAGCUGCAAACCUGGUGAUGAGAUAGAGCUAACUGGCAUCUAUACUCACAGUUAUGACGGGUCGCUUAACACAAAACAUGGUUUUCCAGUUUUUGCGACUGUCAUUUUAGCAAACAACGUUGUCCGCAAAGAUGACAAGGUUGCUGUGGGAACCCUAACUGAUGAGGAUACGAGAGCAAUUCUGAAGCUUUCACGUGAUGAGCGUAUUGCUGAUCGAAUUUUCGCCGGCAUAGCACCUAGUGUUUAUGGCCAUGAAGAUAUUAAACGUGGCAUUGCAUUGGCACUCUUCGGUGGUGAACCUAAAAAUCCUGGCGGAAAGCAUAAGAUACGAGGUGAUAUAAAUGUACUUCUUUGUGGGGACCCAGGAACCGCCAAAUCUCAAUUUCUAAAGUGUGUUGAACAGUUAGCACCUAGAAGUGUUUUCACGACUGGUCAAGGUGCAAGUGCAGUUGGUCUGACUGCAUACGUCACUCGUAGUCCUAUGAGUCGGGAAUGGACUUUAGAAGCUGGUGCUCUUGUACUUGCGGAUCGUGGUGUGUGUCUUAUUGAUGAAUUUGACAAGAUGAAUGAUCAAGAUCGAACAUCUAUUCAUGAAGCCAUGGAGCAACAGAGUAUCUCAAUAAGCAAGGCAGGUAUUGUUACAAGUCUGCAAGCAAGAUGUACUAUUAUUGCAGCUGCAAAUCCUAUUGGUGGUCGUUAUGAUCCAAGUAUGACAUUCUCUGAUAAUGUUGAUCUGAGUGAACCAAUUUUAAGCCGUUUCGAUGUUCUUUGUGUUGUUCGAGAUGGAGUAGAUCCUAUCCAGGAUGAAAUGCUUGCACGUUUUGUUGUUGGAAGCCAUAUGCGUCAUCAUCCUAACAUCACUUCAGAAGAGCGAGCCACAUUGAAUAAUCAGCUAACAGAACUGGGUGUCCCCCGAACAGGUUCUUAUUCGGAUAUGCAACCCCUAGAUCAGGAAUUGUUAAAAAAAUAUAUAAUUUAUGCCAAAGAUCGUAUUCAUCCAAAGUUGAAUCAAAUGGAUCAGGAUAAGGUUGCUGCAGCUUAUGCCGAUUUAAGACGUGAAUCCAUGAUCACAGGAAGUUUACCAAUAACUGUUCGACACAUCGAAUCAGUUAUUCGUUUAUCCGAAGCUCAUGCACGUCUACAUCUACGUGAAUUUGUUAAUGAGGAUGAUGUUAAUAUGGCUUUACGUGUCAUGCUGGAAUCAUUCGUUUCCACUCAGAAAUUCAGCGUCAUGAAGUCGAUGCGUCAAACUUUUUCACGAUUUCUUAGUUAUCGUCGUGAUAAUCAAGAGUUAUUACUGUUCUUGCUGAAGCAGUUAGUUCAAGAUCGACUAGCUUUCGAGCGUGUUCGGCAUGCUGGCAAUCAACAAUGGCGUAUCGAGAUUACAGAACGCGAAUUUGCCGAACGAGCCAAGCAGAUGAAUAUUAGCUCUUCGGAAAGUGAUUGUACACAUAGUGUAAAUGACAGUCAAAUGAACCUGAACUACAGAUUCCUGUUUCACACAACCAAAUUAUUUUUUUUUCUACAUAUAUAUAUAUUAGUGUGUUCCUAUCUUUACAAAUAUAUCGUAUUUUCAUCGACCUCUUAA